UCACAUUUACGGAAUACUGACACAUAUGCUGGUCAAUAGGAAAUAUAGAAUAUAAGAGAGCUGGAAGUUGUAUAUUGUAACAGCACCAGCAAGGGACAUCCAUAUAUGUCAUCGUUAAAUGGAAGAUGGAAUAUUAAGCGAUGCGUGGAAGGAAAGCGUACAAACCAUCGAAAGCAGAGAAGGCCCAAUCAUUUCCAGUGAACGACAAGCCAGGGAUAAGUAAGACAGCGUCUUUCAAUGGAGGUGGGGCGUUGGCACGCGAUGGUUUCGUCAGGGUCAACCCAGCGUUCGUUGAGGAUGAAGAGGAUGAAGCAAAACGACCGGACCAGUCUGACAUCACGGUACAGAUGUCACUCCAAGAUGAUUUCUCAGAAACAGAACAAGAUGAGGAGAUUAAGACUCAAACGGUACUUGCCAAUGGCGAUGCCAACGCGGUAGGUCUUGGCGUAAAGCCAGCAGAUGGACCUAUAGUUAUUGCAAGUAAUGACCAUAAUUUUACGUCGGAAAAGGGACCGAAUAAAAAAGAGAAGACAGAAGAGACUGAUCGUACAUUCAGUGAUAGCAAUUGGUCCCUAGAGAACGUCAUUGUAAAUAAAUCCCCGUCGCAUGGAAUAUACCGCAAGAGGGAUUCCAGCGUAUCCGAGUAUCUUCGCUCCUCCUCCUAUUUGUCUGGAGAAUCUCAGAAUUCUCUGGACAGGAAAUCAGUCUCCUUCACUCGCGGUACACUGGACAAUGAACAUGGCGUCAACAACCAAUCACAGUUGAACAUGCAAGUUAAGAUGCAAAUUGAUUUAAAAGAUAUUUAUGGAAAGAGAAUUUCUUGUAGCGAAGGAGUUAAGGUAAAUCCUAUUUUUGUGGAUGAUGACGAACUUGAGAAGUUGGAAGGGUAUAUGGUCAACCAUUCUAACGGUAUCAAUGGAAAAAGAGGAAGCUGGAGUCCCGAGAUUCAACGUGAUGCAGACGAAUCAGUCAGCAAUGGCGCAGUUCAGAUGACACUUGACGACCUUAGCAACCCGAUAUUUGACGGCUACGACGCACUUAUCAAGAAAGAAAUGGCCAAAGAAAGGAAGAAGAAAAUCUGCAGAAUAACAACUUUGAUAGUAGCAUUCAUCGUACUUGUGGCUGUCGGGGUCGGUCUUGGAGUUUACUUUGGUUCCCCGUACAGAUAAAGCUUUCAGGCCCACUAAAGUCUGGUUCUUAGAGACCAUUCAGAAUUCGAAAAGCCGAUUGCUUGUCCACGGCCUAAAUAUGGCGGACCUACAUGAAAGGAAGACCGCUUAAUCCUGUAAUGGUCUCUCCGCCUCUGUCACGCCUCCCAACGCGUCGUCCCUGCAGGGGCAUAGUAAUUAAAUCUCUUCGGGGACGACCCGAGGUGAGAAGCGAAGAGACCAUUACAUGUAAGUCCGCCAUAUUUAGGCCGUGGACCAGUUAGCACUCUGCUCUUCUCAUUCUGAUUGGCCCCUUACGCACCGUUUAUCAAUAUAUUGGCUGACUGCGAGGAACGAGUCCCAAGAAGCGAACUCACUGUUAAUAUUGUUCAUUUUAAUAUUUUUCUGUUCUACGAACGAUACAUCAACUUACCCAGCUUACUGUACAUAGCUUGCAUAUCGAUGUAGUCGGCAUGUAUUAUUUAUAACUUCAAUAUGUUAUGAACUUAGAAGAGCUAGUUGAACAAAUACAAUUAAAAUACGUGCUCCACCCAUCACCAAUUUAUAAAGAAAUAUAUUUUUGAUACCAAUGCAGGGUAGACAGCUUGUCAAAGUGACAUUUGCAAUA